UGUGGCAUAGGGGUGAAUUUCAAGCGGCUGCAAAGCGGCUGCUACGAGGUGAUCAGUCUAGUGCCGGGAGGCGCGGGGGAGGAGAGUGGUUUGGUUUUUGUAGGAGAUGUCCUGCGAUUCGUCGAUGGGGUGGACGUGACAAAUUGCACAGCCGAGGACCUGCACGAGACUCUGCUGGGGCUGGAGGGCACCAACGUGACUCUCUCUUUCGGCAAGCCAGGCGAUGAGUACGACGACUCUCUUGUGCAUGUUGCGGUGACGCGAAGCGUCGGAGCCUCCAGCAGGGAGUCAGCAAAGCCCGUAGAUUCAUCCUCUCCCACUGUUCCGCGUGUUCUCGUGCCCAAAGUGAUACAAGCAAGACCGCUGAAUGUCUCAGGAAGGUGGAAUGGACCGCAAGACGACGGCCUCUAUGACUCUUCCGGUGGGAAUUCGCACAGCUCGUCCAAGUGGGAGAAACCGUUUUCAGAGAGCUCGACUGCAGAUGAAGACAAGCAGGUGGGGGUGGGAAUCGUCUUUUUCACCGAUGAUGUUGGGGGUUUGCGGGUCAAGAAAUUGGCGCCCGGCGGUCCAGCAGAAGAAGCAGGAGGCAUCUACCCCGGGGACGUCCUGUUCGAGGUGGACGGGAUCGACGUGUACAAGUUGGCGAUCAGUGAGGUCCAGGGCCUUGUCAUCGGCCCACUCAACACUUCGGUAGUGCUCGGGCUGCGGGAGGAUCACAACAUCGACUACCCGCUCAGAAAGAUCAAACUGACCAGACGAUGGAGCCCGGGCCACACGUCAGAGAAUAAAGUCCUGGGCAUCCGCAACUGGCGGCAGGAGAUCAUGGAGCAUCUAUUGAUCAAGAUAACAGACACAUUGUUUAUCGGGACUUACGAGACAGCAAAGCAGCGGGAGCUGCUGCGGGAGAACGGAAUAGAUUGCAUCCUCAACGUGGCUGCAGAGUGUGAAAACUUCUUUGAGACGGAGUUCAACUACACUAGAAUGCCGUUCGAGGACAGGGAGAACGAGUACAUCCGGCGAGGGUUCGACGACGCCUCUGAGAUCAUCUUCAAGUACAGCGUCCUCGGUUUCACCAUCAUGAUUCAUUGUACAGCAAACCGAAGCCGGAGCAGCACCGUCUGCAUCGCCUACCUGAUGAAGAAGAAGGGAUACUCCCUCCGUCGGGCCUGGGAGACGCUGAAGAAUCUGGACAUCAACCUGAGCUGGAACCGCAACUUCUUCUUACAGCUCGUGCAGUAUGAGCUCGAAAUCUAUGGGUCUAACAGCCUGGUGGCCGAGGACUUUGACCUACUUAGGCUGCAGAGAUGAAGACAAGGUGGAGCAAGCGUGUUGGUCGUUCACACCUCCAUGAAUUGUUUACUGCUUGUCACGAGGGAGUAGCUUCUAGUCUUUGAACAUUCCUGCAAGACCUUCAAGGCGCUUGGUGAAGUCCGGGUGCUUGCGCUGGCGUACGAGUCACGUUGACGAAAAAUUAAAGUCACCUCACCUUG